GGAGGUCUCCCCUGCCCAUCCUGUCUGAGGUCCCUGAGCUUCACUCAUGCCAGUGACAGAGGCCUCCCCCUGUCCUUCAAAGGGCUCAGCGUCCAGCUGGGGAAUGGGGCAGGCCACCUGAUGCGAAGAGUCAACUCAUUGGGAAAGACCCUGAUGCUGGGAAAGAUUGAAGGCAGUACCCUUUUGAACUCAGUCUUGAAAAUGAACCCAGUUGUCUCGCAGCCAGGUUAUGGCUCGGUGGUCUCGGCGUCUAGUGACUGGCAAACCGGCACCUUUGACUGCUUUGAUGACAUAGGGAUCUGUCUCUGUGGAGCCUUCUGUCCCCUGUGCCUCUCGUGUCAGAUCGCCUCUGACAUGAACGAAUUCUGCCUGUGCGGAUCAAGUGUCGCCAUGAGGACAAUGUAUCGGACCCGAUACGGCAUCCCGGGAUCCAUUUGUAAAGAUUUCCUGUGUCUGGCAUUUUUACCACACUGUGCCCUUUGCCAACUCAAGCGAGAUAUUGAAAAGAGAAAAGCAAUGAAUGCUUUAUAAAAGAUACUUGGUCAAAUUCACAUGGUAGUGAAAGAAAAUGCUUCAAUGAAAUACUGCAUCUAUUCAGUGCUAUCUCAUCCUAAAUCUUAGAAACUAAUUCAGCUAAUCAUAUGGCUUCAAAUGGCUUCAAAACAUUUUAAAUUUUUGAUUUGCUUUGAAAGAAAUACGUUUCCAGUGCCCUUCUCUAAGAUGACUGCCAUUAAAAAUUAAUUUCCUCAACAA